UGCCCGCAGUCUCUGGUCAUCUCCUGUACUAUGCCCGCAGUCUCUGGCCAUUUCCUGUACUAUGCCCGCAGUCUCUGGCCAUCUCCUGUACUAUGCCCGCAGUCUCUGGCCAUCUCCUGUACUAUGCCCGCAGUCUCUGGCCAUCUCCUGUACUAUGCCUGCAGUCUCUGGUCAUCUCCUGUACUAUGUCCGCAGUCUCUGGUCAUCUCCUGUACUAUGUCCGCAGUCUCUGGUCAUCUCCUGUACUAUGUCUGCAGUCUCUGGUCAUCUCCUGUACUAUGUCUGCAGUCUCUGGCCAUCUCCUGUAUAUGUCCGCAGUCUCUGGUCAUCUCCUGUACUAUGUCUGCAGUCUCUGGUCAUCUCCUGUACUAUGUCCGCAGUCUCUGGUCAUCUCCUGUAAUGUGUCCGCAGUCUCUGGUCAUCUCCUGUACUAUGUACACAGUCUCUGGUCAUCUCCUGUAGUAUGUUCAGUCUCUGGUCAUCUCCUGUA